AUGGAGAGGCCCCUCACGGUCUUGCGGGUGAGCCUGCACCACCCCACGUUGGGCCCAGCUGCCUUCGCCAAUGUCCCGCCACAACUGCAGCAUGACGCCAGCCCCCUACUGGUCGGGCGCGGGCAGGAUGCCCACCUCCAGCUGCAGCUCCCCCACCUUUCCCGUCGACACCUGUCCCUGGAGCCCUACCUGGAGAAGGGCAAUGCUCAGCUGGUUUUCUGCCUCAAGGCCCUGAGCCGCAAGGGCUGUGUGUGGGUUAACGGGCUGAUGCUGAGGUACCUGGAGCAGGUCCCCCUGAGAAUCAUCAACAGGGUCUUCUUCUGUGGCGUCCAGAUGCUGGUCCACAUAGAGGAAGGCACCUCCCUCGAGGCCUUUGUCUGCUGCUUCCAUCUCAGCCCCUCACCCCUGAUUUACAGACCCGAGGCCGAGGAGACUGACGAAUGGGAAAGCAUCCCCCAAAAGCAUCCUCCCCCAGGUUCAGAGGAGCAGACGCCAGGUCACUUGGCGUUUCUCUACAGCCCUUCCCAGACUCGGGACAGCCCUCUCCAGCCAAGCCAUGAAGGAGGAACAGAAAUACAACUCCAAAGGGAGUCCCCAAAUGGUGCACUCUGCUAG